AUUCAAUAUAGAUAGGUUAUAUUAUUACUUUUUUAAAUUUAGAGCAAAAUUUAAAAAAAAACUUUUAUUGUUGAAAUUCUUGAAAUAUCUGAGAUGGUUAAAGGCGGACCAGCACCUAAUGUCUAUGCCCUUCCGACAACUGUAGGAACACGAAGGCAUGAUCCUACAAAGCUGAUGGGUCCAGCAUUUUCCUUCAGACCAAAGCUAGAACAGGGCAAGUUCAGCUUAGGUCCUGGACUCUACAAUAUUACUGGAAAAACUAGACAUGGCCCAGCAAGAGGCCCAGCGUAUACAGUUAGGGCUAAACUUCCAGAUCUGAGUAGACAUUAUGUUCCUGCCCCAACACAGUACCGUCCUGAGAAAUAUCUCCAUCAGAAACAUAACCCUCCAAAAUUCACCAUGGUUGGACGAACCAAACCUCUGAAACCUGAGUACAUUCCAGCACCCAACACCUACAAAUUACCCUUCAGAUUUGGACAACCGGAGCCCAACAAACAUUACCAUGGUCCUUAUACAAUGGGUGCAAGAAUUAACACUCCUAAUAAAGUUGGCAACCCAGCUCCAAACAGAUAUGGACCUGUAGCUCCAGAUAUUUAUAAACCUGCAGCUGCAAAAUAUACAAUGAGGGCAAAUACAUCUCUACUGAAAAACAGAACUCAGAAACCAGCUCCAAACAGUUACUUUCCAAAACUUAAAGGCAAAGAGAAUCCAUCAAAAUUUUCAUUCCGGCAAAGAGACGUGGAUGGAAGGGUAAUUUACUUUACUAUUGAUGACAUUAAACAGCGUUAGUAAUA